UUCAUGUAUUAUUUUUAUUACCAUAAAAUUUUAUUUUUUGGAUACAUUGAAACCGGAAGCGUUCUCUGCCAUUUCUCAAAUUCCAUCUCUCAGCUUUCGCUCUGUAUCCGUCUCAAGCGUUUUAUAUUUUUCUUUGGACGAAAAUAUCCUUCUGGGGAAAGCCGAAGUACUCUAUUUUUAGCAUAGGUUUUCCCUUUUAAGGGUUUUUGAGGUUAUGAGGAGAGGAUACUUCUUUUUCUGAGGUGGAGACCAUGAUUUUAACAAAGCAAUAUCGUUGCAUACACUCGUCAAGCUGUCAAUGCACAAAAGGGCAUCUAAGUGAAGAUGUGAUUUUUUUAGUGUUUCAGCAGCUGAACUGGAACCCUAAAUUGAUUGCCACUUUGUCAUGUGUAUGUAAAUGGUUUGAUGAUUUGGCCAAGCGAGUGCUAUGGAAGGAGUUUUGCCGGGCAAGGGCUCCAAAAAUGAUGCUCGAUCUGCAAUCUAGCGGAAGUCACAGUGUCGAUGGGAAUUGGAGAGCACUUGGAAAGUUGCUUAUUUACUGCUCAGGAUGUACCAAGGGUGGCCUGUUCAAUAGCAUUCAAAUCCCUGGCCAUUUUGUUUACAGGACUCGGUUUUCCAGGACUUCAGGGAGGAGCUUUCUUUUGCCACAAUGCAGAACAGAUGUUUUAUAUGUCUCUGACCCUUGUGAACAUCUUGACCAAGGGGAAGAAGGUGAUGUUGGUUUUUUCCGUGGAAUUUUUAAGUCAUUUUCGAUAUCAAAGGUUCGGAAGAUGCUGAUUAAAAGGAAAGCUCAGCUUCAUCCAACAGAGGUAUGCCCCUAUUGCAAGGCAAAGUUGUGGAGCAUGCUGCAAGCUAAAAUGAUACCACAGAGUGCCAGCUGUAGGUUGGGUGCCUAUGAAGAUUGUGUUGAAUAUUAUGUGUGCCUCAAUGGACAUGUGCUUGGAAUCUGCACCCUCUUACCCUUGUCUGAUUCAGAAGAGGCAUCCGAGUUGGAGUGACAGUUGGCAUAGAAACAAGUUUCUCAUUGUUGGCAUGGAUUUUGCUCAACAAACGUGGGUGAAACACGUGGUAGGCUUUUGGAGCUUUGCUGAAGCUGAAACCAUUGCCAUCUCAUCCAAAGUUUCAACUUCACUGCUUCCCAGUCUUACCCUGGCUAAAUUUUUCAUAUUGAAUGAAAUGGUUGGAGCUGUUUCUGACCAUCUUGUUUUAAUCAUCUAUUUAUUGCUGUGAGCAUAACUACUGUGUACAUGUUAUGUAUGCACCCACAUAUAUAUUAUAUAUAUCUGCGGAGCAGAUAGAUAUCUACAAUCAUUCACUAUCUGUUUAUGAUUAAUUAGUUGCUUUACUUGUUUUUAUGAAAUUUUAAUACAAUUUAGAAUAUUUAAUCUUCAGACAUGCCAUUGGCGGAUGGUUUAUUUGCAUGAGUUUCAGAGAUGCAUACAAGCCAUUGUGGUAAAAGUGGUUGACAGGAAGUUAAUGUAUCUUCUCGAAAACAGCCUGGUCGUUCUUAUUUAUCGCUGCUGUGAAUAGUGUGUUCUGUAUUGCUCAUCAACUUGUAUAGGCUUCAUUUUCCUGUCAUCUGUUCUUGCAUCAAAAUCUGAAAAAAAGAAGAAAAAACAAACUGCGAGGGAAAAGAAUGUGAAAAGUAGACAUUGGUUUCAUAUAUUCAGAGUCCUGUAAUAACCUGUUGGAUCCCGGACAAGGAAAGAGAAGGUGAACCGUGCUAAGUGGAAUGUCUGUUUCAGUUGAUGUAAGGGCGCAAGUAUCAAGAGCACUGGGCACUUGAUGCAAGAGGUCGACAAUGUAGGGCUCCUUAUUCAUCCCAGUUUAGUAUUUGUCCCAAAAUUUCCGAAUUCAAUCGAUCACUAUUUCUUUCAUUUCUUGACCAAUGGUGUUUGUCUGUUACAUUUAAUUUUGUUCAGAAAAACAAGUGAUUGCAACUCUGAUGACUGGUACUGCUUUUAAAAUAUUUAAUGCCGUGAUAAGAGUUUUGUUUAUUGA